CCCUUUCUUUCUUCAAUUUGGAAAGGGAAGGAAGAGAGUUUGUAUUUUAAAGGCAGGAAAAAACUGCCAUUGCUGGUCUGGAACGAACUUGAACGAGGAUCCACACCAUCACCUUUUUCGAGCCUGCAUUUGCUAACCCCUUUUCUCUAGUGUUUAUCCCCUCCGUGGUCAGUUCUAACGACGGAAAAGGAUUGAAUUGGAAUCACUCCGAGACCAGAAAACGGCGUCUCCCACCUCCCUCCGGUUGCAGUAGCAGCUAUUUAGGAUCCAAGCGAAACAGAGCUUAAGGAAGCAUCUCUGCAAUCUACUUCAAGAACAGAAUCCCAAUGGCGGGCGUAGUAAAGAAAUUCUUCAUUGCAUCAAUGUUUAUGUGGAUAGUUCCAAUUGGCAUUUUAUAUGGGUUUAACCAUCACAUAUUUCCUGGUUCAACACGGUUGUCCUCUGAAUCACAAACACUGCUAAGUGGAUUUCUUGCUGUUAUAUCGGUUAAUAUGGUUAUUGCAUUCUACAUAUGUAUGGCAAUGAAGGAGCCUUUACAUAAACAUGAGCCAGAUCCUGCCUUUCUUGCCAAAGCCAAAGCCAGUGUUAGCCAAUCUGCACCAGGUCAAACUGAAGAUUCUUCACAAGGUCGUGAGAAAAAAGAGUAGGAGCUCAGGAAGUAAGUGACCGGCUUUUCCCUUACAAAGUCCUUGUCUAAUGCAGCUGCCAAACCAUGUGAACUGGACCCCAAGAAUUGGGCUAUUUUACCCUGCUUGAUCCACAUUGGCUCAUUUUCGAAAUUUGCCAAAUAUUGUAUUUGAAGAAAUUAGUUAAUUUUGACAAAGCAUUUGCUAAAUUGGUUUGUGAUCAGUAUGGUAUUUAGGGAAUUCGAAGUGCAUCAUUCAUGGACUAUA